CCUGGAUUUUUCGUCGUGAUGGCUGGUGACUCCACAGAGCAAGAGGCGGAAGACGUCCAUGCGGAAGACCAGUUGGACGCCCUGGGUUGGACGUACAGCUAAUCUGCAGUGCAGUCUGGGAACUGUCAGUCGUUUAGCUUUGUAUCUGUGGCUCUGGGAGCUCACCGAUGCGCUCGCCGCUGUUAUAUUCACACAGCGGGACAACCCUAAGAGAAAAAAAAAAAAAAAGAAUAUGUAGAAUAUAAUUACCUAUUGUCUGCUUCCAAAGCCAUCUUGUCAACGGGUCUGAUUUGUUGUUCGCAUGAACGGCUGAUACAGUAGCCGGGCCCAUCAUUUAAAACAACCUGCUACCAACAUUAGCUAGCUUUCGACUCAUUAUUGAUGCUGUCAGCUGGUUUUUCCUCAUUUAACGGGAUACACGAAUGAAUGACAGUCGUUUGUCAGUGCCCUACAAAGGUGUGAUGUACAUAUGUGCGGCUGGUGCUUUACAUUAGCAUAACAUUACCAUCCAGGAGAAUGAAUGCAGAGGAACUGGAGCUGCUCGGUGACUCCAAGUACAGGAAUUAUGGCGCAGCAGUGGACAAGGCCCUCAAGAACUUUGAGUACUCCAGUGAGUGGGCAGACCUCAUCUCUGCACUGGGCAAACUCAAUAAGGUUCUGCAGAAUAAUGCAAAAUACCAAGUGGUUCCUAAGAAGCUGACAAUAGGCAAACGGUUGGCCCAAUGCCUCCACCCUGCCCUGCCCAGCGGGGUCCACCGCAAGGCCUUGGAGACCUAUGAAAUCAUCUUCAAGAUCAUAGGACCUAAGAGGCUGGCCAAAGACCUUUUUCUUUAUAGCGCUGGGCUUUUCCCUUUACUUUCCAAUGCUGCUAUGUCAGUGAAGCCUGUUCUACUGGGGCUGUAUGAGACCUACUACCUGCCCCUGGGAAAGACCCUGAAGCCAGGCCUGCAGGGACUAUUGACUGGGGUCCUUCCUGGUCUGGAGGAGGGCUCUGAGUACUAUGACAGAACCAACACCCUGUUGGAAAAGGUGGCUGCAGCCGUGGAACAGUCGGCUUUCUACAGUGCCUUGUGGGGCAGCAUCCUGACCAGCCCCUCUGUGCGUCUCCCCGGGGUGUCCUUUGUACUCCUGCACCUCAACCGUAAGCUCUCCAUGGAGGACCAGCUUUAUGUCAUGGGUAGUGACAUCGAGCUCAUGGUGGAGGCCGUCAGUACGUCAGUCCAGGACUCCAGUGUUUUAGUGCAGAGGAGCACUCUGGACCUGAUCCUCUUCUGCUUCCCCUUUCAUAUGAGCCAGGCAACUCGCCCUGACAUGAUCCGGAUCCUGUCAGCAGCUUUGCAUGUGGUUUUGAGAAGAGACAUGUCCCUCAACCGCAGACUCUACGCCUGGCUCCUGGGUGCGAAAUCCACGCUCAGACACAGCUUUGACAACAAUGGGGUGAUAAUAGGCCCCCGCAGCACUCGACAGAGCAACCCGGAGGAGCACGCUAGCCACUACUUCAACACCUUCUCUAAGGACAUGCUGGUCCAGGCAAUGGUGGGGAUUUUGCAGGGCAAGGCUCGAGGCGGAGAGGAGGAGAGCAUCCUCAUGCAUGACCUCAAGCCAUUUCGCAUCCUGAUCAGUCUACUGGACAAACCAGAGCUUGGGCCUGCUAUCCUGGAAGACGUUCUGAUCGAGGUGUUUCGAACUUUGCACACACAGUGCAGAACAGAGCUGGACCUCCAAAACCAGAGUCCCUUCAGCAAAGAUCACACACACCUCAGCAGUAAACUGCGGGAGAACAAGAAGACGGCAGAACUGAUUAAAACAGCCAAUUUGCUGUUUAAUUCGUUUGAGCCGUACUACAUGUGGGACUACAUCGCUCACUGGUUUGAGGAGUGCUGCAGGAGGACAGUUAACAGCAGUGCAACUGCAACACAGCAUGUUGGGAGUGCAGAUCCUCCUGAGCUCUUAUUGGUUGAGUUCUGUCAGCUGGUAGAUUUUCUGCUGGAUAUUGUUUCCCUGCCUACUAGAAGCAUGAGGGUAAUCUGCCAGGAGACGUACAUAGAAAUCCAGACAGAGCAUCUCCCUCAACUGCUGUUGCGGAUGGUAGCAGCCCUGACCUGUCACCUGCAGGCGCUGGGCCUCGGAGAGCUCACCCACUGCCUCCGUCUGUGCUCCAAGAUUCUCAGCAAGGUGCAACCUCCACUGGUCUCCCCUCUGGCCCUGCCGUCUGGCCCUCAGGCUCAGGGCCUCUCCAGCUCUAUCGGCAAGCCAUCAAACUCAGCAAGGGACAAAAACAGAGACACGGAGGACAAACAGACUCUCCCUUCCACUCUGGAGGGCCCUGGCACUGAGGAUGUCUUCGAGGAUGUGGAAAAUACUCCCAGCUGUCGCUCUGAGAGUGGCUUCACAGAGUUUGUCCAAUACCAAGGAGACGUUCCUGAAGAGGCAGAGCACACCCCUCAUUUGCACUCAACAGUCAGAACGGGCCGUCGCUCCUCAGGCCCGUGUCAUUCUAAACCUCUGGACAAACCAGUCAUGCAAUGCUGCCUUGAGCACUUCCAGCAGUUUCUCUCCCGCCUCAUCACCUUAUACAUUAUCCCAGGGCAGGUGAACAAAGUCGAGGGUCACAGAGGCGAAGUGACACACUCAGGGCUCCUGGUUUCAGAGAGCUCCCAGAAUGGUGAUCAUGCAGAAGUUUGCUCGGGCUCUGGGAUGGUCCAGAAAGAGUGCAUUGCUGCCUUCACGGCUGCCUGCCAGCUCUUCCUUGAAUGCUCCAGUUUCCCCGUCUACAUCGCAGAGGGGAAUCUCAAGUCUUCACCCAGACAGGAAGAACUGCUUGAGAAUGAGCAGGUCCGGCUCCCGCUGUGGCUCCAGACGCUGAUGGAUGCCUGUUGCCUGGCCAGUGACUUCAGCCUGCAAUGUGUAGCCAUAUCCCUCCUCAUGGACCUAGUUGGGCUUACCCAAUCUGUUGCCAUGGUUACUGCUGAAAGUGUGGCAUCUGGCGCCAGCUCCGAGUCCACCCAGGCCAUGAGUCCAAGCCAGGGUCGAGUGGCUGUAGUUAUCAGGCCACCACUCACUCAGGGAAUCCUAAAGCACAUUGCUGACAAGACAGAUUUCUUCAAGUCAGUGGCUCUGAUUUUGUGGGACCAGUUGAGUGAGGGAACACCUCAGCACCAUCAGCGCAGCGUGGAACUUUUCUACCAGCUUCACAACCUUGUUCCUUCCUCCAGCAUCUGCGAGGAUGUCAUCAGCCAGCAACUCAUGCACAGGGACAAGCAAAUUCGUCUGGAGGCCCACGUUAAAUUCUCUGUGCUGUGGCAUUUAACACGAGAUUUGAACAUCACCAAGUCUUCUCCGUUUAGUCGCACAUUUGACAGAUCUCUCUUCAUAAUGCUGGACUGCCUGAGCUAUUGGGAUCCAUGUACCAGUGCAGUUGGUCGGGCUUGGCUGAAUCAGGUCCUUCAAAGACAUGACAUUGCCCGGGUCCUCGAACCACUCCUCCUCCUCUUGCUCCAUCCCAAGACCCACCGAGUCUCCAUUCAGAGGGUGCAGGCGCAGCGCCACUUAGCCCAAGUCUUCCCUGAACCGCCUGAACGGGAGCCAUCAGAACCCAUUUACAACAGAGACUCUGGCUUCUCAGACAACUUCAGUCAGAUCCAGAGUGAGAGGGUUGGACAAGAGGAUCUCCGAGGUUUGACAGUGGGUGACAUGGAGCCAUUCUGCCUGACUGUAAACCCCUUGAGUGACAGCCUGUCCAUAAUGAGUCUGAGCAGUGAGAACUUGCAUCUAGCUGGUGAAUAUCAGCCUGCUCACCAACAGGGGGAGCCUCAGAGUUCAGACUCCACUGGUUCUCAUUCUUCUACAGCAGAAAAUGGCAGCUUUGAGGAACCAGAGGGAGUCAAAAGCAUGAUAAAUGGCUCAGACCCACAACCUGGAUCCUCAGAUGACCCCUCUGAGGAUUCUAUAGAGGAAGUUGUGUCUUGUGUUAUAGGUGAACUCAUCGACAGAGUUCUACAGCUAGUUGAUGAGGGCUCUCUUGAAGUAUCAUCUCCACCUGAAAACUGGCCCCAAACCGACACUGACAGCACCACCUCGGAUACAUCCACUGGUACCCGCCUGGACUCUGGGCUUCCUCAUUGUUCCAACCACCAGACUGUGCCAGAGAUGUUGGCUGAAGGCACACUGGAAUUUCUCACCAUCACACCAGCUGAUAUGUCAGCAGACGGACAGCACAAAGAGGGCAUUACCCGCCAUAGUUCCUCUCCUUCCAUCGUCACUUUGCCAGACAGCUCCAACCCGGCCACCCCAGACCACACCCUUCAGGUGGAUGACCCUCAGGCUCGCAAACGUAGCCAUAGCAGCAUCCAGCUUAGCCUUAAAGGGAAAAUUAUGGAGAAGCUGGCAGACAAGUCUCCAGGGGCAAAGCCAAAGAUCAAGAAGACUAAGAGGAAGGACGAGGAGAGACAGAGGAAGGCAAAUCAAGCAGACAAACUGCGCCCGCCCAGUAUUUUCUUUGGUGAUAGUUUAGAUCUAGAGAACUGGUACAGCUGCGGGGAAGGUGAGGUGUCGGAGAUAGAGAGCGACACAGGCUCGCCCAGCGGGGGCUCUGGGAUGACUGUUGGGGGUGUCAGCGUUACAGGACGCAGAUCAUCCUCUGCCCCACCUCGUUUUAACAUCCACCCCCUCUACCAGCACGUCCUCCUCUACCUCCAGCUUUAUGACUCUUCCCGGGCACUCCACGCCCUGUCAGCCAUUGCAGCCAUGCUUAGAGCUGCUCCCUCAGGGUUUGUAAGCGCCAUCUCCACCACCAGCAUCAACAACACCUACACCCCACAGCUGUCUUUGCUUCAAAACCUCCUAGCCCGUCACCGGGUUUCUGUCAUGGGCAAAGACUUUUACUGCCCCAUUUCCCAGGACUCCCACUCCCAUUCGUUCCGCAGUGCCAUGUACCUGGAGAUCAUCAUCUCACUCUGUCUCUACUUCCUAAGAAGUUAUUACUCUGCUCAUGUGCCUGCAGGCCCUCAGGACUUGGCAGGGAACCGGGCCAUGCAGUUAACCAGUGUGGAGGUCUUAACUCUCCUUUUCAGCGAGCUAGCCAAAGUCACAGGUGGCUCAGCAAAGGGCUUUGCUAGUUUUAUAAGCGAUGUCCUCUCUAAGUGCAAAGUUCAGAAGGUGGUUCUACACUGCCUUCUCUCUUCCAUAUUCAGUGCUCAGAAAUGGCACGAGCAGAGGGUGGCAGGGGUCAACAUGGCCACAGUGGAAGAAGGUCUCUCUGAGGACAGCAUUAUCAACCUGUCAGAAGACCAGAUAGACAGCUGUAGUGCAGUCCAGGCCCAGCUGCUCAGACUGCUGCAGAGUCUUGUUGUGCUUGAGCACAGGGUCCUUCUGCCAGCUGAUGAAGGAGCAGAACCUGUAGGAGGAGGGGCAGGAGGUGGAGGGACUGGAGGCAGUGCUGGAGCAGGGUUUGAGAUACUGGGUGGGGAAGUGGAGCAUGUCAACCCUCAGCAGCCAAUGACAUCACUGCAGUACCUCCACGGACAGCCUAUCACAGCACAGGGUAUGUUCCUUUGUUCGGUCAUCAGGGCCUUGCAUCAGCACCACGCGUGCAAGAUGCACCCACAGUGGAUCGGACUCAUCACAGCCACACUACCCUACAUGGGGAGAGUCCUAAGGAGGGUUGUGGCCUCAGUCACUCUGCAGCUGUGCAGGAACCUGGAUAAUCUUCUCCAGCAGUACCGCUAUGAGACUGGGAUCACUGACACCAGACCACAGUGGAUGGCUCUCUGCAUUCCUCCUGACCUGAUUCUGACUUUGCUAGAGGGCGUGACAGCCAUCAUCCAUUACUGCCUACUGGAUCCCACCUCCCAGUACCACCAGUUACAAGUGAACGUUGAUCAGAAGCACCUGGCUGAGGCUCGAUCAGGCAUCCUGUCCAUCCUCCACACCAUCAUGUCUUCUGUCACCCUCCUUUGGAGUGUCCUCCACCAGGCUGAUAACUCUGACAAGCCAGCUGCUGCCUCUGCUGCUUCCACAUCUAACAUCAACCUUGGUUCCACUAAGAACCUCCGUCAGCAGAUCCUGGAGCUGCUGGGUCCGAUCUCCAUGAAUCAUGGCGCUCAUUUCAUGGCAGCUAUAGCCUACGUUUGGAAUGAGAGGAAACAGGUCAAGACUCCAGUCAGAAAUAAGGUGAUUCCUGUAGCCAGUGAAGAGCAGCUGCUGCUGGUUGAACUGGUUCGCUCUGUCAGUGCCAUGCGCACUGAGACUGUUAUGCAAACAGUCAAAGAGGUCCUGAAACAGCCGCCUGCUAUCGCUAAGGACAAGAAGCACCUCUCUCUAGAGGUCUGCAUGCUGCAGUUCUUCUAUUCUUAUGUCCAGAGGAUUCCUGUUUCCAGUUUGGUUGAUAGCUGGCCGUCUCUGUUGGCACUGCUGAAGGACUCUAUACAGCUGGGCCUGCCCGCUCCAGGACAGUUUCUCAUAUUGGGAGUUCUGAACGAGUUUAUAUUGAAGAACCCUAAUCUGGAGAACAAGAAGGACCAGAGAGAGCUGCAGGACGUGACCCACAAAGUGGUGGAGGCCAUCGGAACGAUUGCAGGCUCCUCGUUGGAGCAAACCACGUGGCUGAGGAGGAACCUGGAGGUGAAACCUUCUCCUCAGAUCGUUGUGGAUGGAACCAACCUGGAAGCUGAUGUAGAAGAUUUAAUGCUCACAGUGAUGGAGGCCUCCAGCUUCACUCCAUCAGUGUACAGUGUGCACGCCCUCACGCUAUUGGCCGAGGUGCUGGCUCAUCUGUUGGACAUGGUGUUCUAUAGUGAUGAGAAGGAGAAGGUGAUUCCGCUGCUGGUUAAUAUCAUGCACUACGUAGUUCCCUACCUCCGCAACCACAGCGCUCACAACGCCCCCAGCUACCGGGCUUGUAUCCAACUGUUGAGCAGUCUAAGUGGGUAUCAGUACACCCGGCGAUCCUGGAAGAAGGAGGCCUUCGACCUCUUCAUGGACCACACCUUCUUCCAGAUGGACUCCUCCUGCGUCAGCCACUGGAGAGCGAUCAUUGACCACUUGAUGACUCAUGACAAGACCACAUUCAGAGACCUCAUGACUCGGGUGGCUGUAGCCCAGAGCAGCUCCCUGAGUCUGUUCACCAACAGAGAUGCUGAGCUGGAGCAGAGGGCCAUGCUGCUUAAACGUCUGGCCUUCACCAUCUACAGCAGCGAAGUGGACCAGUAUCAGAAAUAUCUGCCUGACAUACAAGAGCGUCUCGUGGAGAGCUUGCGUCUGCCUCAGGUGCCCAUCCUUCAUGCUCAGGUGUUCCUGUUCUUCAGAGUGCUGCUGCUGCGCAUGUCACCUCAGCACCUCACCUCUCUGUGGCCCACCAUGAUCACUGAGCUGGUUCAGGUGUUUCUACUGAUGGAGCAGGAGCUGACAGCAGAUGAGGACAUAUCAAGGACAUCCGGGCCAUCUGUGGCUGGGCUAGAGACCACCUAUUCUGGAGGGAACGGCUUCUCCACCUCCUACAACAGUCAACGCUGGCUCAACCUCUAUCUCUCUGCCUGCAAGCUUCUGGAUCUGGCCUUGGCGCUGCCUCCCGAGAGCUUGCCUCAGUUUCAGAUGUAUCGCUGGGCCUUCAUCCCAGAGGCUUCAGACGAUUCGGGGUUGGAAGUGAGACGUCAGGGGACUCACCAGAGAGAGUUUAAGCCCUACAUUGUCCGACUAGUGAAGCUGCUGAGGAAACGAGCCAAGAAAAACCCAGAGGAGGACUGCUCCACCCAAACCCUGUCCUGGGAGCCAGGUCACCUAAUGCUGACCCUCUACGUGAUCCGCAGUAUGGAGCAGCUGCUGCCCUUCUUCAACUUGCUCAGCCAGGUGUUCAGCAGCAAGGCCAGCAGCCGCUCAGGCCCCGCCUACGCUCACAACCGCACAGAUGCCUCUUUCCCCGGCCACAAGGAGGGCCACAAACUGGAGAGCCAGAAAGUGUUCUGGAGUCGAGCUCGACAGAACAUCGAGGAGAUGGUUGAAAAAGACUUUCUAGAGGGCCUCAUCAAGACGUGAGGUCAAAACAAGCGGAGGGAGAGGGAAUUAACACACAACUGAUCAACACUAGUGAACCUCAACCUGUACAUUAAAAAACUAUAUGGGACUAUAAACUUGGGGAGGAGUUUGUACAUUCUUUUUUUUUUUUUGGUAUUUAUAAUGAUUUUACUUUUAAAAGCUACUUUAUUGAUUUUAAUUAUUUGUAUAUAUGAAGCAGCUUUGAUGACUUUCAACAUUUCAUGUGAGUCCUUUAGGAUAAAGUGAAGAUGCCAUGCCAUUCCAUAUCGAUGUGACUUAAUAAAGAUUUCUAAUGAGAAGUUUA